GACGACGACUUUGUUGUUUGUUUUAGUUGUUGCGCGCGAGGUGGUUCGUUUAAGCUCUGAGCAAUAGCCACAGUGAUUGCGAUCAAUCGGGGGACUAGGGUCAAGCUUUUUUUAAUCGUCGUCGUCUUCGCUGUCAUCGUUGUUUCUAUGAGUGCGUCGUCGUCGUUUUCAAUGAAUUAUUCUUUAUUUUAUUGAAUUUAUUGUGGAUCGUUUAUCUUUUUUUUUUUAAUAAUUUUUACCUGAUCGGUUGCAGUUAAUGCAAAUUUUGACAAUAAUUUUGACAGUAUUGCAUCAAUAUUUAUAGAAUUUAAGAACUCUAGUGGCCAAAAUAAAGAUUUUCUUAAAGUAUCCUUUUUUCGUGUGUUUUGUGUGUCUGUUCCCGUGUGUUUUUGUUUGAUCAGGAUCAAUAAUAAAUCGAUAUCAUCGGUAUUUUUUGUAUAAUAAAUUUAAUUAAAAAUGCUAAUUUAAGCUUUUUUUCUGAACGGUCACAUAGAUUUUCUGCUUAAAUUAAGAAGAAUUUAUUACAUCUGCUUACAAAGUGCAGCGGUUCAAAGGAAUUAACCGUUAUAUUCAAAUGAAAUUCAAAAGCUUUAUAUUUUAAAGUGUCUAUAUGUGCAAAUUUAUUUAACAUAUUAAAAUAACGGUAGAAAAUUAAAAUUUAUACUGUGUAUAUGGAAUUCAAAAAAUAGUGUGAUACCCCUUCCCUCCUCCUAGAAUAUAUUUUGUUAGUGAAUUCUUAAACGAGCAUAUUUAACCCACAAAUAUUGGGUUAUUUUGCGUGUGCCAUAUACAGAAAGCGUAUUUUGUAUAUAUAAAUAACUGUAAUUUUGUUUGCAGUUCUUUCAUACAUAUACAUAAUAUAUAAAAUAAGAAAGACACCAUUGUUAGCAAAAUAAACAUGGCGACCCAUAAAGAACUGUCAUUUGACUGGAGUAUCCUAUAUCAAGACUAUGACCAAUGGACCAAAACAGAUUUACAAUUAGCUGCAGAACUUGGAAAGACAUUAUUAGAACGCAACAAAGAGUUGGAAACAACGUUAAAACAUCACCAAAACAUCAUCGAUGAUCAAGCUCAAGAAAUUAUUUAUCUUCAAAAACAAACAGCUGCCCUUCGUGAAGUCAACGAUUCUCGUCUCAAAAUCUAUGAACAACUAGAAGUUGGUGUUCAAGAAUUAGAACGUUCUAAUCAUCGUCUAAAUGUUGAAAAUAAUAAUCAUAAGAAACAUGUUAAAACGUUGGUACAUAACAUUGAAACAUUAGAAUGUCGUUGUGAAGAACUUACAAAAACAGUUGAAGAAACCAAACAGACAUUAACGAUAGAAAGACGAAAAAAUGAAAGGUUACUGCAGGAGAAAAACAAUGCUGGCAAUGAUCAAAUGGAAGUUCGUUUGCGACAUCACCAGAAGGAAACCAGCAAUAACAGUGAAGGCGAUACAGAGAUCUUCCAUGCAAACACUACGAAUCCAGAAAAUUGUAGUUUUGCAUUCCUGUCAUCUAGUGCCGAUAACAAAAAUGCCAAUUCCACCGGCAUUUCAGACAGUUCACAGAACGAAUCUAUUAACAUUAGUCUAGAUGGCGCUGAGGAUAAUGAAGAACUUAUACGUGUUAUAAGUGAUUUGGAAACAACCAAAAAAGCUCUGCUCUCAGAACAACAAAGAGUUGGUGAGCUUGAAGAUCAACUUGUUGCUAUAAUCCAAGAGAAUCAAACUCUGCAAGGUCGCUUAGUCCAGGGUUCAAAUGAAGAAAUGAAAUCAGUCCAUGAAGAGCUUUCAAUUUUGGAAGAAGUUCGGCAAGGAAAUAUGUGCAGUCGUUGCUUGCGAGCCUGCGAUGAAAGACUGACAGCACACGAUGAAGCCUCUUCAAUUGCUCCCACCGAAGAGGAUGAUGAUCGUAGUUUGCUAGAUAUGGAAGCCGUUGGGGGCGGUAACGAAAGUAAUGGUGACACAUCGUCACAAGUAGCCUAUCAUCGAUCAGCCGUCACAAUAAAGGUUGCCUCAAGACUCCCUCAAGUUUCUCUGGAUUUGAAAGCUCCGGCAAGCCCGAAUCCAUACAGGGAUUUGGUUGAGAAGUACGAAGCCUUACUUGAAGUCCAACGUCAUUCGGUGUCGCAUAAGAGUGGCGUUUCUUUGGCCGAAGAAUUCCAAUCGAGCGGUGAUUUCACGUCACUGCAUAUGAAAGAUAACAGCGACAAAAAUUCCGCUCAAAACCCAGACCAUCAUCAUCAAGAGAACACCCAAAACAGUCGCAAUAGCAAAAUCAAUAGACGAACACCGACCGAAUUCUCAGAAGCGGAGACAUCAUCGUCAGGAUUCUCGGAUGAGACCAGCAAUAAAGGAACCCAGACCGAUGACAGACCCGGCUAUUUCUUAUGCUCAAUUGGCGAUGGUGAAGACUGCAAAUUUAGCAUUUAUGAUGAUGCUAGUCCCAUUGAUUCAAGAUUCCGUAAUCGCCCUGAAUAUCGUGAGCUUUUCAAGGAGAUCUUUGCUGUACUCAAGAAAGCAGCAGAGAAUAAGGAAGAAGGUGACAGAUUGCCGCUACUUGACGACACACAUCCUCCAGCGGCAAAGGUUCCUCCUGUAACACCAGCCAAUGAGGAAAUGCCCUCAAUGGACUUUGCCGAUGAUGCCCAGAGUAUUAUUUCGUCGGCUAUAUCCGAGCAGUCAUUUGCCAUGUCUGAGUGUAUUACCAAAAUGGAACGAAAGACCGCCAAGAAGCACAUAAUUGAGAAAAACCAGGAGAACCAACCGCCAUCUUUGUCGGGCUCAACAACACUUACACCAGCUAUCAUCGAAAACGGCCGAGUUCUUACUCCACUUAAGCGCGAGCCCUUGGAAUACUUAACGGUUGGAGUGGGCAUCAAGAAGAAGAGCAAGAAAAAGAAUCGCAACUACGGAACCGAACGAUCUGAGUCCCCUGCUGCUCUACCUUCCCCACCAAGGGUAUACUACAGUAGUGGAAAGAAACGUCGCGAUAUGAGGCCAUUUAAUCAUUCACCAUCCACCAGCGGUACACCAACUUCGUCAACCUUUGGUCAAAGUCAUGCUCGUAGACCCAAUUUUGAAUGGAAUGGAGAUUCGAUUAUCAUUUAUAAUCGUGGCGUGAAUUCAGCGGCAUCCUCACCACGAGCCCCAAUUACACCACGAAGUCGUGAACUUGAUUUAAGUGGAGUAGAGUUCCGCCCCAGUACCGUGUCACAGGACUUGCACAAACUUAAGAAACUAGAUCUUUCCUACGCUGAAGUAUUGCGACGAGCGGAUGCAUGCAAACAACCCUACCAACGAAGGAAAUAAAUGCUAGAUUGAAUAAAUGUCAUAAAACUUACGAUAUAAGAAGGAUGAACAUGAGAAUGAGUUUGCUGCCACAGAUUUAGAUAGUUUUAAAUAUCUCGAACGCGUCUUAGCGAUAAAAUUCCUUAUUAAAUAUAAACACAUAAUAAUUUUUUGCUAUAACAAAAUAUAUAAAAAUAAAUAAAUAGAAAAUUACGUAUAUAUAAAUCUUAAACAUAAAAAAAAAAAUACUAAGUCCGGAUGUUUGUUUUUUAAAAGACAAUAUUUGAGGAAGAAUCACAAAAUAGAUUAUUUACAAUUAUUUUUUUUUUCAAACAAUUUCUUUUGUAAAUAUUAAAAUGAUAAACAAAAACAAAAUUAAACAAAACAAAACAAAAACAAAAACAAUAAUACGACGUAAACUUUAUUAAAUUAUGCAAAAUUUGUUCAUAAUUAUUUCGCGCAAUCCAAUUAAAUUAAACAAAAAAAAAAUAUAUAUUAAAUAUAAUAGACUUUUAUUUAAACAUAAUUUUUUUUUAAACUUAAUCUUUGUCCUAAAAAUAAACUUAACUUUUAUUGAUUUGUUUUUUAAAUGAUACACUAAUUCGAAGAUAUUUAAAGCUGAAGAAGAUAAAACAAAAGAUUAGGUAUUGAAUGAUCAAUGAUACACAAAAAUAAAACAAAAUAAAAAGAAAUAUUUAAUAAUUUAAGAAAAGACAGAGCUGAAUUUAAGGAAAAAUUAAAUUAAAAUUGUAUUUAGAAAAUAAAAAUAAUAAAGAAAAGAAACGUCAAAAUAGCCAAUCAGAUGGAUAUUUACGAACAAGAAAUGUAAGAGAUAUUUGGUAUUUUCUUUGGAUCAAAAAUUAGCAUGUAAUGUCUAUUGCAGUCUGAACUGAAUGAAUAUAUAUAUAACAACUAUACAAUGUA